UCUCGCUCGCUUCAUCACAAUCUCAAUCAUUUCAUUGCACGCUCCAUUAGUUCCCGUUGGUGGUAGAAAUUAUUCACAGAAGAAGGAUGCAGUACCAAGCGGCGUCGUGGGGAGGGUAUUUGGUGGGAGGAGGCAUGGACCCGGUGGAGAGGAUAGAGAGGAUGGCGUCGGAGAACGCGGUCGUGAUAUUCAGCGUAAGCACGUGCUGCAUGUGCCACGCCAUGAAGAGGCUGUUGUGCGGGAUGGGAGUGAACCCGACGGUUCACGAGCUGGAUCAGGACCCCGCUGGGAAGGAACUGGAGAGGGCGUUGGUCAGGAUUCUGGGAACGCCCUCCGUCGUGCCGGUGGUGUUCGUCGGAGGAAAGCUCGUGGGGACCAUGGACAGAGUGAUGGCCUCUCACAUCAACGGCACACUUGUCCCUCUCCUCAAACAAGCAGGGGCUCUCUGGCUUUGACUUUUGUUUUUUGUUUUUUUUGUUUUUUUGCUUUUGGUUUUGAUUAUUGGUUUGUAAUGGUUUGCUUGCUCUGAGCUCCCGCUUGUGUAAAGAUUAUCCCAGAUAUUGAAAAUUAA